AUGCAGCAGCACCAGCACCAGCAGCAGCAGCAGCAACAGCAGCAGCAGCAGCAGCAGCAAGCAUAUAAAGCCUGGGUUAGCUGCCUCACCGCAUCUACUGCUUCCUUCAUGCCAGCUGCUCGUGAUCUGCUGCCAGCAGCAGCAGCAGCAGCAGCAGCAGCAGCAACAGGAGACCCCACGCAACAGCAGCAGCAGCAGCAGCAGCAGCAGCAGCAGCAGACAGGAAGAACAGCUCUGUGGCAGUGGCUGUGGGGCGCCGGCGAAGCAUUUGGUUUUUGCUGCAGCAGCAGAUUUGCUGCGCUGCAGCUGCUGGACGCCUACGCAGCACACCCUGCUUUCCCCUUCAGGUGUACAUGCAGCAGCAGCAGCAGCAGCAGCAGCAGCAGCAGCAGCGGCGGCGAUGAGUGUAAGUGCUGCAGCAACAGAGAGCUUGCGCUGUGCUCGACUGCUGCUUUGCUGCUGUCUGCUGCGCUGCGGUGUCACUGGCAAGACAUUGCUGCUGACCAGUUCCUGCAGCAGCUGCUGCUGCAGCUGCAGCAGCAGCAGCAGCAGCAGCAGCAGCAGCAGCAGCAGCAGUUUUUUACUGUUGAUGAUGUUAUUAUGGUUCAGGCAGAUAUGCUGCAGCUGCUGCAGCCGUCGCUGUGGAUGGCGCUAACUGCUGCUGACUGCAUUUUGCUGCUGCUUGCUGCUAUACGAGGGUUCCCGCUGCUGCUGCAGCACACGCCUCAGGCCCACGCCACUGCUGCUGCUGCUGCUGCUGCUGCUGCUGCUGCUCCUGCUGCAGCAGGGGCUGCUGGAGCAACGCCACCAAGCCUUGCAUGCCGCUUCACGCUGCAGCAAGACCAGCAGCAGCAGCAGCAGCAGCAGCAGCAGCAGCAAUUCCGUAUAUCAGCCCACAGCAGCAGCAGCAGCAACAGCAGCAGCAGCAGCAGCAGCAGCAGCAGCAGCCGUUGGGUGUUGUUGUCUCUAUUUGACUAUUUUGUUACAGCAAACGGGCUGCUGCAGCAGGUCCCCGGCAGCAAGCUGACGGGCGUGCUGCUGCUGCUGCUGCUGCGCCCCUACGCCCAGCGCCACCACAACCAGCAGCAGCAGCAGCAGCAGCACCAGCAGCAGUAUCAGCAGCACCAGCAGCAGCAGCAGCAGCAGCAGCAGCAGCAGCAGCAGCAGCAGCAGCAGCAGCAGAGUGAGCUAGAGCUGCGAGAGUGGGAGCGUUGUGUGCUGCUGCUGCUGCUGCUGCGCCCCUACGCCCAGCGUCACCACAACCACCAACAGCAGCAGCAGCAGCAGCAGCAGCAGCAGCAGCAGACAGCCGCUGCAGCAGCUGCUGCAGCAGCAAGAGAAUCUGCUGCUGCUGCAGCUAUGGGAAGAAGGAGCCAGACAGUGGCAGCAGCUGCUCAUCACGUCCUGCAACGCCUUCCGCAGCAGCAGCAGCAGCAGCAGCAGCAGCAGCAAGUGCAGCAGCAGCAGCAGCAGCAGCAGCAACGAUGCUUCUGCCUCCGUAAGGAGACGCAGGCGACACACCAGCAGCAGCUGCCUCACAUCCCCUGCAGACCUACAGCAGCAGCAGCAGCAGCAGCAGCAACUGCAGCAGCAGCAGCAGCAGCAGCAGCAGCAGCAGCUCGGAGUCAAUUGGCAGCAGAAGCAUCAACGAAUCCACGGCAGCUUUUCUGUAGCGGGGGAUGCAGCAGUUUCUGCUGCUGCGCUGCACUGCUGCAGCAGCAGCAGCAGCAGCAACUGCAGCAGCAACUACAGCAGCAGCAACUACUGCAGCAGCAGCUGCAGCAGCAGCAAAGAAUACCUGGGGACUCCCAAAACGGCGGCUCUUGCACAUACGCCCAGAGCAGCGAUGCAGCAGUUUCUGCUGCUGCGCUGCACUGCUGCAGCAGCAGCAGCAGCAGCAACUGCAGCAGCAACUGCAGCAGCAACUACAGCAGCAGCAACUACUGCAGCAGCAACUGCAGCAGCAGCAACUGCAGCAGCAGCAAAGAAUACCUGGGGACUCCCAAAACGGCGGCUCUUGCACAUACGCCCAGAGCAGCAGCAGCAACAGCAGCAGCAGCAGCACAUGCUGCUGCUGCUGCUGCUGCUGCUGCUGCUCCUAGGAUAUCUGCGGGCCAAGAAAAUGUCUGCCCGCGCUUUUUGAACUCAGCAGCACCAGCAGCAGCAGCAGCAGCAACAGCAGCAGCAGCAGCAACAGCAGCAACAGCGUUAGGGGACGUUCCCUUCCAACUAGGCGCUGCGCAGCAAUGCCCGCGCUUUUUGAACUCAGCAGCACCAGCAGCAGCAGCAGCAGCAGCAGCAACUGCAGCAGCAGCAGCAACAGCAGCAACAGCGUUAGGGGACGUUCCCUUCCAACUAGGCGCUGCGCAGCAGCAGCAGCAGCAGCAGCAACAGCAGCAGCAGCAGCAGCAGCAGCAGCACCCAUGGGUUGGUCUGCAGUGUACGUACGGGAUGCACAGGCAGCAGCUGUAG